UUUUAAAUUGUAAAAGUUAAAUAUACGUUUACUUUGUUGAAAGUUUGUUACACACAGUUAGACAGAAAGAGUGAGUGAUAAAAACUUUUAUCACUUUUUUUUUUGAAUCGACACAAAACAUAUGUUUUUUUUUCUUUUUCUUCAAUGUUGUCUCUUUUCAAAUAUUUUUUUAUUAUCAUCAAAUAAUUCCAAAAUCAUAAUAAUAAAGAAAAAAAAUGUCGUCAUCGGUGAAACAAAGUAAUGAAGAAUCAUCGCCAACAGAAUCAGCAGAAUGUUCAACAACAACAACAAAUCAAUCGAAUAAACCAAAUUAUUCCAUUGAUAAAUUAUUCGAUUUGAAAAGAAUCAAAUCUAAACAACAUUAUUAUUGGCUAAUAUUAUAUUCACCAUUUGGUUUAUGUUUAUUCAUUAUACGUUUUUUCAUAUUUCUUUAUGUUUUAUUUGUAUCGGCCAUUUUGCCUCAUAGUUCAUCAGUAAGAAGUAUUGUUUUUAGAUCAUUAUUUUUUAUACUUGGAAUAUCGAUCAACACUGAUGUCGAUGAUGAUGAUUAUUAUCGUAAAUUGAAAGCCAAAUUUUUAAUAGCAAAUCAUAUAUCGGAUUUGGAUCCAGUAAUUCUCAAUCUAAUAAUGCCAUGUGCUUCUUAUGUCGGUGGCAAUAAUGGUCAAACAUCAAAUCAACCAUGUUAUUUACAAUGGCUUUGUCAAAUACUGAAACCUAAUGAUGGUGAUAAUGUUUAUGAAUUAUCAAUGAAAAAUGUACCGAUUGUUUGUUUUCCCGAACAAUCAAAAACAAAUGGACGUUUUGGUUUGUUUAAAUUUAUAUCAAAUUUAUAUCAUCAUGAUUCAUUAGUACAUAUGAUAUUUUUGGAAACUAAACGACCAAUUUUUAAUGUUUCAAUAUCACCAUUGGGUUCACAUUGGUUAGCUGAUUUAUUUUGGAUAUUUUUUCUACCGGUAACCAUAUUUAAAGUCAAACAUCUUGGUAAAUUAGAAAAAGAAGAAAGUGAAACAUAUGAAGAAUUUUUACAACGUAUCCAAUCAGUAAUGGCCAAUAAAACCGGACUACAGGCAACCGAUUUUCGUUGGAAUGAUAAACGUGAAUUUAUUAAACGUUUAUUGAAAGAAAAUCAAAUUAAAAAAUCAUCAAAAAGCAAUCCUAAACAGAAGCAACAACAAACAAACAGUCAAAAAGAAUCGAAAAUUAAUGAUUAUUCAAAAAAAGUUAAAGAAAUUUUACCACAAGUACCAUUGGAUGUGAUAAAAGCUGAUAUUUUAAUAACAAAUAAUAUUGAUGAUACUGUUGAACGUAUAUUGAAUGGUAUUGUAAAAUUUAUACCUGAAAAACAACAACAAUCAUCAUCUGUUGAUGAAAAAUUAUUAUUGGAUAAAGAUGUCCCAUCAACAUCAUCAAUAACAUCGAAUGAUAUAAAAAUACCGGUUGUCGAUAAUAAAAAUUUUGGAGCCAAAACAUUUGGUAAAACAUCAACAGAACGUAUAUCAUCAUUUCAGGAACGUAAAGCACAAAUGUAUCGUAUGGCAAGAAUACGUUAUCUACAAAAACGUGGCCUACUUAAUGCAAAUUUUUUACAAAAAAUUUGAAUGAAUU